CCCUGCUCUGUUGUGUAUACUGGCCCUGUAUUUAUUUGGUAUCGGAUUUAUUUUGCAGUAUCGCCCACCCUUAGGGGGAAGUGUGUAAACUGAAAUGAUCAUAUGACUCCUAUCUUAUCCCUAAUUGGUGGAACUGGUGGCUUUACAACUCUCCCCAUGUUACAACCAUACCCGGUGUCCACUAUGUUAGAAAUGCUUGGGCAGAGGGGCUGCUUGCUCAAUAUCAUUUUCUCCUUAAAUGCGUUUGGAGGGGAAACUAAAGUUGAUCGAGUAAAUUGUACACACAUCGUGUAGGCGGACUGAGUCUAUAAAAGUCUCAGUUCAGCUUCAGCCGAAGACAUCAUGAUUCUGCUCAUGCGCUAUUACGGGAAACUGGGGAGCUGAAUUAACCGCUACACCUGACGCCAUGCAACAAGUGUUUGGUAACCUGAGGGACUUGCCGAAAUCCACCAAGGCCAGUGACCUCGACCUCAUCUUCCUCAAAGGCAUCAUGGAAAGCCCUAAUGUCUGCUCUCUCACCAAGGUUCACAAGCAUUUAGAGGAUAUGAAGUUGGAGGCAGUACAGGACAAUAAUCUUGAACUACUGAGUGAGAUUCUAGGGGUAAUUCGUGGGCUGACCAUUAGAGACGACAGUGCUACAGAGCUAUUGAGAAUACUUCAGCAGCCUCACUUCCAGUCUCUCCUGGAGGCCCAUGAUAUGGUGGCAUCAAAAUGCCAUGAGGCUCCACCCCCUGUCGAUCCUGCCAUUGAAGCAGCAGUCAACAAUGCACUCCUGCAAGGUGAUGCUGUCAGGAUGAUCGGCAUCCACAAGAAAGCCGGAGAACCUCUGGGAGUCACGUUCCGGGUAGAGAAAGAUGACCUGGUGAUUGCUCGGAUUCUCUAUGGUGGGAUGAUUGACAGGCAGGGCCUGCUCCAUGUAGGUGAUAUCAUAAAGGAAGUGAAUGGACAGGAAGUGGGCAACAACCCCACGGAGCUACAGGAGAUACUGAAAGAGAGUAGUGGAGGAAUCACACUUAAAAUCCUGCCAAGCUACAUAGAUUCGGCAGUACCACCACAGGUUUAUGUAAAGCCACAUUUCGACUACAAUCCAGCCAAUGACACUCUGAUUCCGUGCAGAGAGGCCGGGCUCGCCUUCAAGAGGGGUGAUAUUCUUCAGAUAGUCAACAGAGAGGACCUGAACUGGUGGCAGGCAUGUCAUAAUGUGGGAGGGGCUACAGGGUUAAUUCCCAGUCAGUUUCUGGAGGAGAAAAGGAAAGCUUUUGUCCCUAAGGACUUGGAUAGAACAGGGAUCUUAUGUGGAACAGUGAAUGGUAAAAUGAAGAAAAAAAAGAUGUACCUCACUUCGAGGAAUGCAGAAUUUGACAGUCACGAGCUGCAGAUCUAUGAGGAGGUAGCAUGCAUGCCACCAUUCCAGAGGAGAACGCUGGUUCUGAUCGGACCACAGGGAGUGGGCCGCCGCAGUCUGAAAAACCGUCUGUUGGUGCUGCAUCCUGACCGUUAUGGAAUCCCGGUACCAUUCACAUCUAGAAGGCCUCGAGAGGAUGAACACAAUGGUCAGACUUACCAGUUUGUGCCAAGGAUGGACAUGGAGAUGGACAUUAAAUUGGGAUGUUUCUUGGAGCACGGCGAGUAUGAUGGCAACCUGUAUGGCACCAAGAUAAGUUCUAUUCAUGAAGUGGUGAACACAGGACGCACCUGCAUCCUGGACAUCAACCCUCAGGCUCUGAAGGUGCUGCGAACAGCGGAGUUUAUGCCCUAUGUAGUGUUCAUAGCGGCUCCUGAGUUCGAAACCCUGAAAGCUAUGCACAAAGCUGUCUGCGAUGCAGGAUUCACAACCAAACAGCUCACAGAUGUGGAUCUAAAGAAGAGAGUGGAUGAGAGCACUCGCAUUCAGCGGACUUAUAGACACUACUUUGACCUCACCAUUGUGAAUGACAACCUGGACACUGCAUUUGAAACACUACAGGCGGCUUUGGACAAACUUUAUUCUGAACCACAGUGGGUUCCUGUCAACUGGGUUUACUAAAGGUUACCAAAAUGUACACAGGACUCGGUAAAAUCCAUAUUGUGCAUGCAGAUGUGUGUGUCCCGUUAGAUUGAUUGAAGCCAUCAUGAACAUCAGAGAACUGUCUAUGGGAUCAAAGCAAGCCAUUUUGAAGCUGAGAAAAGAGGAAACAUAAAUCAGAGGCAUUGCCAACAUUGGGCAUAGCCAAUACAACAAUUUGGAACGUCCU